AUGCUGCACAAAUACCUCCUUUUGCCACUGCUGGCAUCUUACGGAGCAGCCGUCACUAUCUCAGUCGCGAAGUCUGGCGGCAAUGCCACUUCGGGUCUGCAAUAUGGUGCAAUGGAAGAGGAAAUUAACCACUGCGGUGAAGGAGGUCUCUAUGCCGAAUUGAUUCGCAACAGGGCUUUCCAGGGUAGUUCUAAAUUCCCUUCAUCGUUGGACGCCUGGACUGCUGCUGGAGAUUCCUCGCUUUCCCUCAAGAACCUGACCGAUCCCUUGUCCACCGCUCUCCCGACCUCUGUCAAUGUCAAGGGAAGCGGCACGGCUGGUCUUAUCAAUGCAGGCUUCUGGGGCAUUGAUGUGCGCCCCCAGAAGUACAGUGGAUCCUUCUAUGUGAAGGGUUCAUACAAGGGGUCAUUCACGGCCUCUCUCCUAUCGCCCAGUGGAAAGGUCUUGGCCACCACCAAGGUUACCUCAAAGAGUAAGGCAGACUCGUGGGUGCAGCACAGCUUCACCCUUACCCCGAAGUCUAAGAGUUCUGAUAAAAAGAACACAUUCUCUUUGACCUUCGACGGCUCUAAAGCAUCGAGUGGCUCGCUCGACUUCAACCUGAUCAGUUUGUUCCCCCCUACAUGGAAUGAUCGUCCCAAUGGCAUGCGCAAAGACUUGAUGCAGGCCAUGAAGGAUAUGGGUCCCACUUUCCUCCGCUUCCCCGGUGGCAACAAUCUCGAAGGUGACACCAUCCCAGGUCGCUGGAAGUGGAAUGAGACCAUUGGACCCCUCAAGGACCGCCCUGGCCGUGCCACCACCUGGCAAUACCAGGAAACCCUUGGUUUGGGUCUCGUCGAGUACAUGGAAUGGUGUGACGAUCUCAACAUGGAACCUAUCCUCGCGGUCUGGGGUGGUCUUGCCCUGAAUGGUGAUCUGGUUCCUGAGUCCGAGCUCGACUUCUACGUGCAAGAUGCACUGAACGAGAUUGAGUUCCUGACUGGAUCCGUGGACACUGAGUAUGGUGCUUUGCGUGCUAAGAUCGGUCACCCAGAGCCCUGGAAGAUUAAAUAUGUCGAGGUCGGAAAUGAGGACAACCUCAACAACGGCUUGGCGUCAUACAAGGCGUACCGAUUCCCGGCAUUCUACAAGGCUAUCACCGCCAAGUACCCCGAUAUCCAGGUUCUGGCUUCAACCAUCGACAUGACUAUUCCUGGAACUGCCGGCGGUGAUUGGCAUCUGUAUGAUACCCCGGAUAACUUCAUUACCAAGUUCGACAUGUUCGAUAACUAUUCGAAGGAGCACCCCAUCCUGCUCGGCGAGAUUGCUGCUACCGAGCCAAACAACGGUGGUGCUGGCAUUGACUGGUCCAACACUCACUUCUCUCAAUACCCAUGGUGGAUUGGCUCUGUCUCCGAGGCUGUCCUGCUUUUGGGCGCUGAGCGCAAUGCUGAUAAGAUUAUUGGAACUACCUACGCUCCCUUCUUGAUGAACUUGGACAGCUACCAGUGGUCGCCGACAAUCCUCUCUUUCAACUCCAACCCUGAUGAGACAGCACGCUCAACGAGCUACCACAUUUACAGUCUGUUCAACCACAAUAUCAUGACCAACACCCUUCCAUCCACAUCCCCUGACGCCUUCGGCCCAUUGUACUACGCAACGGGUCUGGAUAGCAAGACCAACUCGCACAUCUUCAAGGCAGCAGUGUACAACAGUACUGCCGAUGUACCAGUGUCCCUGACCUUUGAAGGCGUCGGCCGUGGUACCAAGGCCGACUUGACCAUCCUGACCGCGCCCGAUGCCUUCACUAUGAAUGCUGUUGGCGGCUCUAACCUGGUCAAGAGCACGACCACCCACAUCAAGGCCGGCAAGAAGGGUGAAUUCAGCUUCAAGCUUCCCAAUCUCAGUGUUGCCGUGCUUUCUACCAACUAG